GGCUGUCCAACAGAGGGCAGUGUGAGAUUUGAACAAUCCCACAGUAAGUUUCAUUUUCUUAUUUUUCUCAUAUCUCUCAUUAUACUGCAUAGCUCAGUUCUGUGGUCACAUAAGGCUUUAGUGAUGUUUAGGGUCUUCAAUCCUACCCUUGAUCACAAUGCCUGUUCAUUUGGUUGAGUGUAAUGAUCAAGUUAAUUUGAUCAUUGCAGCAGCUUACUCACACCAGAAAUAGGACUAUCAUAUGUUACAACACUCUAACCAUAAAUUCUAGUCAAUCAACUAAGCAUUGAGAGACAAGCAAAAGCAAUGAACAACAACAAAAGUGCUAUUUUAUGAGGGAGGGCUGACAUACAGUAGGCUACAUGUUAGCGUGGGCAGAGUUAGAGAUGGCAUGCAUUUGCGGCAUUGACAGUUUAGGGGAAGGGGACACACAAAUGCUGUCUACUCAUCAGAGGGAAAGUUGCAUGGUAACAUGCAAUAUUUCAUCACCAUUCUGUAUGUGAUGUAGUUUACACAUGGUUGAUAUUCCAGUAAAAUAAUAAUCCGCAACAUCUGUUACUGUACACUUAUAGCUCUGUUCUCUGUAGUCAAAAGUACAGUGGUCCACUGUCCUUUAUGUUUCCAAAGGUCAUUGUUACAGCAGUGUGCCACUAUCUGUUACUAUCAUCUCCUUCCUGCAAUCUGUCUUCCAGCUCCACUUUCCCCACUUUGUCAACACUUCACCUCGCUGUUAUUUGUCUCAAAUUAUGGGUGUUUUUCCUUUCAUGAGGAUGUUGUGUAUGUAGUAACAUGUCUACAAUGUUAAGUAUUGCAGUGCUCAUCAGCCCCAAAUUCCCCCAAAUCUGUUGUAUAACACAAAAAGACAGGGGUAUACUAUUUGGCUUACCCCUUUCUUGGUAAGGGUCAGGUACAUUUAUUUGUAUUUUUAUGAUUACACCCAGGGAUCGAAUGGAGGGGUGUGAGAUGGGAUGGUAUCUCUCUUGUUAACAAAAAAUAUAUAGUGCAUCUCUCUUGUUAAACUUUUACUGCAGUGGGCUAAAUCAGUCACACAGAGUGAUUCCUUGGUAGUCUUCAACAAAUCUACUUUGAAAUAAAAGUAUACACCUCACACACAUGGUUAUGGGCUUAAAAAGAUAAGACAAAUGUACAGUACAAUGUCAGAUAUAGAGUUUAAAUGUAUUAUAUUUUGAGUGCCCAAUAUUACACUUUAUAUACAUCACAGAUGACAGAAAUGUUACAAAACUGUUUGACAUAGAGAUACCGGAUUUUCAUUAGUUUUUUUUUAAAUAAUCUUAAUUAAUUAUGAAAUUAUGUAAAAUAUUAAUAACAUUCCACCCAUGAGGCCAAAGAGGGCGCUUUUGGUCAUUGACUACAGGAAAGGGCUACCUUGAUUUUGACCAUUAAUACACUUAACACCCCUCCCUGCCAAUGCAACUAUAUACUAUUCCUCCUGUUCACUUUUCACAAUUUGUCCCCAGCUUACACCUGUACACUGUCUGUUGUUUUGGUAGCUCCUCCGGUCUCCUCAGGUCCUCGCUGUUUGUCUGCAGUCAGAAUCACCCCUCUGACAAGCAUGAAAGGCUCUCCUGACCUAAUUCCAGCUGCAGGUGAACACACUCAUUGACUCCUCCACCCCUCCACUCCUCCGUCUCGUUUAACUUUCAUCAGCCUGUACUCUAGGACACCUCUGAUACACUGGAUAUGCCGAGGAGGAUCCUUUCAAUACUCACUUGCUAACAAUGUGCAUUCACUUUAAACAACAGUAAGCUAUUAUAAUAAAUAAUAUGCCAUUUAGCAGACGCAGACGUGCAUACAUUUUUGUGUAUGGGUGGUCCCAGGGAUCCAACCAACUACCCUGGCGUUACAAGCGCCGUGCUCUACCAGCUGAGCUACAGAGGACCACAAGUAUUAGUAUGGGAGUAUUAGUGUUGGCCUGGAUUUGACAUUUACAUUCUAUUUUUAUACUUUGCGGUAACAUGGAUUCCCUCAGGAACUGAGGCAAUAGAGCUGUGUCUCAUGGUGAUUUGACGCUCACUGAGAAUAGAUUCAAACAGUGUAUAAUUGUGAGGAUGUUUCACACAUUUUGGCAUUGAAGAAUGAGUGACUAUGGGCAUCCAAUGUAAGAAUCGAGUGAUAACAUCCUUGCAUGUACCUGUCUAUCUGUCUGUAGAGCUGGACCCUACAAGGGUGUGUAAAGGGAAGGGGGUCGUGACUCUGAGGGCCACUCUGGUCCACAUAGACGAUGAGGACUGUGUCAGUGAAGAAUCCAAUGUCGAAACAGCACCAAGUAAGUCAAACAGAACGCUACAGCUGCUCUCAAAUCAAAUCGUAGAUAUUACAUCAUAUGUACAGUAUAUCUAAUAUCUCUGAUAUUAUAUAGAGUUUUCUUUCUAAUACAGAGUCGAGUGAUACGCUAGCAUAGCUCUGUGAAAGUGGGCAAGUUAGAGGGCUGAUGUCUAGCUGGAUUAAUAGCUGAUGAGACAAACUAUUUAAAAGUGGAAGGAAAUGUUCCCGUUAACAAAAUAACAUAUUGUAAUAUAUUGAUUAUGUCAUAGUAUGAAUCACUAACAUUAAUGACUAUUUAGUCAUUUGUUUUCCAUAGUGAUCUUGAUGGAUUUUGAGAAGAAUUCACUGUAUUCCCAAGCUUUUCUGUUCAUAGAAGUCUUUAUUUUAUUUUAUUUUUGUCAUUUUUAGCAGAUGCUCUUAUCCAGAGCGACUUACAUGAGCAAUUAGGGUUAAGUGCCUUGCUCAAGGGCACAUCGACAGAUUUUUCACCUAGUCUGCUCAGGGAUUAGAACCAGCAACAUUUCAGUUACUGGCACAACGUUCUUAACCACUAAGCUACCAAGUCUUAAAAUGUUUGAGAUACUUCAUGAAGUUCAGCUGGACUCACUUAUACCCAUAUUUCAGUAUGUUUUGAUAUUAAAGUGAGAUAACUUGACACAUUUUUAAGUGUAUUUAUAUUUGGUUUCCCAGCACAACACAGAAUCAUUGACCAUGAUUGCUCAUAUUUUCAUGUGUUUCGUCAAAGACCCCUUUUGUUCGGACCUGCCCACUGCACUUUGGAAAAUGUAUGAGCCUUGACUGUGGACUUGUUUGUUGCGUUCAGCACGUUAGAACUGGGCUGGAGAUUGGCCAAGGCUUUUGGGAAGAUGCUUUAAUUGCGAGCCUGAAUAUAAAGGCCAUUGGAACAAACAGCCUUUACAGACCACUGAAUAGGCGCCUUGUUCUGAUAACAAAGUUCACAGAUUGUGGGAGAAUCAUUAUUUUAUUUCUCCAUGGGGAUAUUAGCAUCUCUGUACGGGAAAAGCACUAUGGGAAGCUUUUUGUCCCCGCAGGAUUAUCCAGUGAUUUAUUUAAUUGAGGAUUAAUUGUUUCCUGUUUGUAGUUUGGUGAUCAACUUUGAAACAGGUUGAUCACCAAAAGACAAACAUUGCCAAGAGUACAGUAGUUUGUUUGUGUAUCUUUCAGUAUUGUUAGGUUUCUGAGAGGAUCGUCUUGCACUGCUAUUUGCUGGAUUGUUUUGGGAUCAUUUCAGGUAGUUGGAUCGGCCAGAUCAAUGGAGACAGCUCUCUAACAGGAUUGACUGAGGGAUGCUUCCACGACAUCACAGCUGAUUUACCUACAGUCAAUAGAACUCAACUCCAGGUAUGUAUUAUCUAAUCAGUGAAUAAGCUUUUGUUAAUUUCCCCUAUUUUUGGCAUUUAGGGAUAAUACUGUAAAUUGAAUAAUGCUAUGCUUGUUUAAUGUGAUUAAAAUCAGAUUUAAUUGUGAUUUAAAUAGCUCUAUUUGGUGUAUUUUUGCUGUUGAGUGUCAAUUGUUAUUAUGUAAAUGUAAAUGUAUUAUGUAUUUGCAAAACCAGAAUUUAUUAAUACGCAACUUCUUGGCCUUUUUACUCAUACUAUCCAGUUUAUUGUUAUUAUCCAAAACUUCUAUAAGAGAGGAACAGCAUCACUUACGAGUUUUAUUCACUCAUUACCAGGGAAAUUAUCCUGUGAGCACAGAAGAACACCAGCUUCCUGCCUCCUCUGACAUUCAGAACCAUAUUACUUUGACAAAGGCCCCCUCUGCCUACCCAUCCACCACCAACACUGUCAACCCAAACAUAGUUCUGCUACAACACAACAGAGGUAAGCACUUCUGAUUCUGGGUAGUACUAUAUGUGGGUUAUGGGUGAAAUUGCCAUGCAAACAGUUGACCACACUGUGAAGGAUGGACUCCAUUGAUUUGUUUAAAUGGAAAGUUCAGACACUGAAAGCUUUUUUAAAUCAAAAGUAUGGAAAAUCAGAUAAAUCAGGUACAACAAUGCUUCAGUGUUGUCAAGGCGUCAGUGUAAUGCGGUAGGACGAAGUCAGGCGCAGGACACAGAGCUAAUCGAAAAAUGUACUUUACUCGUAGGUAUCUUAAUGAACAUACCUCCACGCAGGGAGGAACAAACCCGCUCACGUGUCACCCGCAAACCCGCUCACACAGUGUGAGCCAGAGGGUUAAAUAAGGAAGACCUAAUUACAUGAUGGGGAACAGGUGAGACCAAUACAAACAAAACAAGUAGAACAUAGAAACAUGGAUCGGUAGCAGCUAGUACUCCGGUGACGACGAACGCCGAAGCCUGCCCGAGCAAGGAGGAGGGGCAGCAUCGGCUGAAUUCGUGACAGUACCCCCCCCCCCCCCCCCCCCUGGAGCCGCGCGUCAGCCCCGGCCUCGGGGACGGCCAGGAGGACGCGGAACAGGGCGAGUCGGAUGACGACGGUGAAAUUCCCUCAACAUGGAGGGAUCGAGGAUGUCCCUCCUAGGGACCCAGCACCGUUCCUCCGGACCGUACCCCUCCCACUCCACGAGAUACUGCAUGUCUCGAAUCCAAGAUGGAACGGACCGAGUACGCCGGUGCCCCCUCGAUGUCCAGUGGGGGCGGAGGAACCUCCCGUACCUCAGACUCCUGGAGUGGACCAGCUACUACCGGCCUGAGGAGAGACACAUGGAACGAGCGGUUAAUACGGUAAUUAGGAGGAAGCUGUAACCUAUAACAAACCUUGUUCAAUCUCCUCAGGACUUUAAAUGGCCCCACAAACUCGCCUUUUGUCGCCUGAUGGCCCGCUGCAGGCGUACAUGGGCAGCGUUCCAGGUCUCUUCCAAGUGCCGAAACCACUCAUCCACCGCAGGAGCCUCGAUCUGGCUCUGAUGCCAAGGUGCCAGGACCGGCUGAUAACCUAACACACACUGAAACGGAGAAAGGUUAGUGGAGGAGUGGCGGAGUGAGUUUUGGGCCAUCUCUGCCCAGGGGAUAAAACCCGACCACUCCCUUGGCCGAUCCUGGCAAUAGGACCGCAGAAACCUACCCACAUCCUGGUUAACUCUCUCCACCUGCCCAUUACUCUCGGGGUGAAAACCUGAGGUCAGGCUGAUCAAGACCCCCAGACGUUCCAUGAAUGCCCUACAGACCCUUGAGGUGAACUGGGGACCCCGAUCCGAUACAAUAUCCUCAGGUACCCCGUAGUGCCGUAGGGAGACCUGGCAUAGGAAUGAGACGGCAGGACUUUGAAAACCGAUCCACAACGACCAGGAUCGUGGUGUUCCCUUGUGAGGGGAGAAGGUCCGUAACAAAAUCCACCGAUAGGUGGGACCACGGCCGUUGUGGAACGGGUAGGGGUUGUAAUUUCCCUCUGGGCAGGUGUCUAGGUGCCUUACACUGGGCGCACACCGAGCAGGAGGAAACAUAAACCCUCACGUCCUUGGCUAAAGUGGGCCACCAGUACUUCCCACUAAGACAGUGCACUGUCCGACCGAUGCCAGGAUGACCAGAGGAGGGUGACGUGUGAGCCCAAUAGAUCAAUCGAUUGCGAACCUCGAGCGGCACGUACAUGCGACACUGGGGGGGGAGUGGGCUCGGUACGUAACGCCCGCUCGAUGUCCGCAUCAACCUCCCACACCACCGGUGCCACCAGACACGACGCCAGAAGUGUGGGAGUGGGCUCAUUGGACCUCUCCUCUGUGUCAUACAGUCGGGACAGGGCGUCUGCCUUAGCGUUCUGGGAACCUGGUCUGUAAGAAAGAGUAAACACAAAACGAGUGAAGAACAUGGCCCACCUUGCCUGGCGAGGGUUCAAUCUCCUCGCCACCCGGAUGUACUCCAGAUUGCGGUGGUCAGUCAAAAUGAGAAAAGGGUGUUUAGCCCCCUCAAGCCAAUCCCUAAACACUUUCAGAGCUUUAACCACAGCUAACAGCUCCCGGUCCCCCACAUCAUAGUUGCGCUCCGCCGGGCUGAGCUUCUUCGAAAAGAAAGCACAGGGGCAGAGCUUUGGUGGCGUACCCGAGCGCUGAGACAGUACAGCUCCUAUCCCAGCCUCGGACGCGUCCACCUCAACCUGGAAUGCUAAGGAGGGAUCCGGAUGAGCCAGCACUGGAGCCGAGGUAUACAGGUCCUUCAGGUGACCAAAAGCCCUGUCCGCCUCAGCUGACCACUGCAGACGCACCGGUCCCCCCUUCAGCAAGGAGGUAAUGGGAGCCGCUACCUGACCAAAGCCCCGGAUAAACCUCCGGUAGUAGUUGGCAAAACCCAAGAAUUGCUGCACCUCCUUCACUGUGGUUGGAGUCGGCCAAUUACGCACGGCCGAAAUGCGGUCAAUCUCCAUCUCCACACCUGACGCAGACAGGCGGUGCCCUAGGAAGGAGAUGGACUCUUGGAAGAACAGACAUUUCUCCGCCUUCAGAUACAGGUCAUGCUCCAACAGUCGACUAAGCACCUGACGCACCAGGGACACAUGCUCGGCCCGUGUAGCGGAGGAUAUGAGAAUGUCAUCAAUAUACACCACUACACCCUGUCUGUGCAGGUCCCUGAAAAUCUCAUCAACAAAGGAUUGGAAGACUGAUGGAGCAUUCAUCAACCCGUAUGGCAUGACGAGGUACUCAUAGUGCCCAGAGGUGGUACUGAAUGCUGUCUUCCACUCAUCUCCCUCCCGGAUACGCACCAGGUUGUACGCGUUCCUGAGAUCCAAUUUAGUAAAGAAGCGCGCCCUGUGCAAUGACUCCGUCAUACUAGCAAUCAGAGGUAGUGGAUAGCUGUACUUCACAGUGAUCUGAUUAAGACCACAGUAGUCAAUGCACGGGCGUAAGCCCCCAUCCUUCUUCUUCACAAAAAAGAAACUCGAGGAGACAGGGGAAGUGGAAGGCCGAAUGUAUCCCUGCCUCAGAGAUUCGGUGACAUAUGUUUCCAUAGCCGCCGUCUCCUCCUGUGACAGAGGAUACAUGUGACUCCGGGGAAGUGCAGCGCCUACCUGGAGGUUUAUCGCACAAUCCCCCUGUCGAUGGGGUGGUAAUUGAGUCGCCUUCUUUUUACAGAAGGCGAGAGCCAAAUCUGCAUAUUCAGGCGGAAUGUGCAUGGUGGAAACCUGGUUUGGACUUUCCACCGUAGUUGCCCCUACGGAAACACCUACACACCUCCCCGAGCACUGACUUGACCAUCCCUUGAGAGCCCUCUGUUGCCAUGAAAUAGUGGGGUCAUGAGAGGUUAACCAGGGAAGCCCCAACACCACUGGAAACGCAGGAGAAUCAAUCAGAUAGAGACUAAUUUUUCCUCAUGACCCUCCUGCGUCUUCAUCCAGAGUGGAGCUGUGACCUCCCUAAUCAGACCUGACCCUAAAGGGCGACUAUCUAGGGAAUGUACAGGGAAGGGUACAUCAACAGGCACAAUAGGAAUCCCUAAACUACGGGAAAACUGACGAUCAAUAAAGUUCCCAGCUGCGCCUGAAUCUAAUAGCGCCUUAUGCUGAGAAUGAGGGGAAAACUCUGUAAAUACAACAUCUAUACACAUAUGCGCAACAGGGAGCUCUGGGUGAGUCGGGUGCCUACUCACCUGAAACGGUCCACCAGUGUUCUGCCUACUGCCUCGACUCCUUAAAGACCCUCCCCAGCACCGACCAGCAAUGUGUCCUCUGCGGCCACAGUUGGUGCAGGGGACGGCCCCUCUACCGGUCUCCCUAAGAGCAGCACCUCCGAGCUCCAUAGGGGGAUGGAAUGGACGGCCCCUGAUCCGGACAUCCGCGGGUGGCCAACAGGUUGUCCAGCCUGAAUGACAUAUCCACCAGUUGGUCCAGGUUAAGGUUGGUGUCCCUGCAGGCCAGUUCCCGACGAACGUCCUCCCUUAGGCUGCAUUGGUAGUGGUCGAUAAGGGCCUUCUCAUUCCAUCCUGCGCUGGCAGCCAGAGUCCUAAAGUCCGGGUGCAAAAUCCUGUGCACUCCUCUUCCCAUGUCUGAGGUGGAAUAGACGUUUGCCCGCCGCUCUCCCCUCCGGUGGAUGAUCGAAUACCGCCCGAAAGCGGCGGGUAAACUCCUCAUAACGUACAGAUGCUGCGUCUAUUCCUCCCCACUCGGCGUUGACCCACUCGAGCGCUUUCCCGGACAGACAGGAGAUGAGGGCGGACACGCUCUCGUAUCCCGAGGGAGCCAGGUGGAUGGUUGCCAGGUAUAGCUCUACCUGGAGCAGAAAACCCUGACAUCCGGCAGCUGUACCGUCGUAUGCCCUCGGGAGCGAGAGCCGAAUCCCACUGGACCCAGGUGGUGAAAAGGUGGACAGCGGUGUAGGUGGUGGUGUAGUUGGAGGAGGAAUAGGAAAACCUCCUCUCUCCCAUCGCUCCAUAGUAUUCACCACGCGUUCCGUUGCGGUGCCGAGAGCCUGGAUCAUGGUCGCUUGUUGUUGGACGCGUUCCUCCAUCGAUCCGGCUGGCAUGGUUGUACCUGCUGACUCCAUAUUUGGUGCAUGUUUCUGUCAAGGCGUCAGUGUAAUGCAGUAGGACGAAGUCAGGCGCAGGACACAGAGCUAAUCGAAAAAUGUACUUUACUCGUAGGUAUCUUAAUGAACAUACCUCCACGCAGGGAGGAACAAACCCGCUCACGUACGACAACCAAAACAUGAACAAACACGCACACCACACAGUGUGAGCCAGAGGGUUAAAUAGGGAAGACAUAAUUACAUGAUGGGAAACAGGUGAGACCAAUACAGACAAAACAAGUAGAACAUAGAAACAUGGAUCGGUAGCAGCUAGUACUCCGGUGACGACGAACGCCGAAACCUGCCCGAGCAAGGAGGAGGGGCAGCCUCGGCUGAAUUCGUGACAAGUGUCCUUCACUUUGUGUGCCGAUAGCAGUUUUGUUAUCAAUAUCUGUUUAGUCGUCAGACAUUGCUGCAUUGUUUUUUGUGCAUUUAUGUGUCUGGGAUAGAGAGUCCAGUGAGACUGACUGAAAGGCUGCUUGGACCUGUCUGUAUGUUAGCCAACAUGGAUUGACCAGCUCAGAGCAGCUCAGACUUGACCCCUUUGAUUAGCUUUGUUUUAUUGUCCUUUGCCCAUCUCUGUCCUCUCCUCACAACAGAGCAACAAAAGCAUAUUUCUAGAAUGAAAGGUAUGCUCUGAAGUUCUAGCAAAUUGUGUGUUGUCUACUGAAUAUUUGUGCAGUGCUUCCUCUGUCGUAGUUCCAGCCCCUGGCUGGACAUCAUUCAGUUUCAUUACGCAAUAAUAAAGGCAAUUUAGCCCCUUUUUCGUCCAAAUAGUCCCUUCCUGUUUCAGUCCAAUACCACGGAUGGAGAGUACCCCAUACAAUACCAUGAUAUCUUAUUAAAAAAUGACUUUUAUAUAUAAUUUGGUAUCUCAAACUAAGUAUUUUCAUUGCCGUGGUAUUUUUGUGUAAUCUUGUUCAUAAUCAUGUUUCACCAUUAAAAUUAAUGUAUAUCAUUUGCAUAGUAUGCUUGUGGAUUAUAUGGGGUAAACUGGUUGCCCACCAUUUAUGUAGACCUAAAGUACAGUGCAUCUACUACAUUUUGACUAGUAGAACCCACUGUAGGGCUUCUCUUCCCUUUGACACAGCAAUGUUGGCUUUUUCAGACCCCGCCCCAGAGAGGGACAAAUCGCCUGAUCCAGGACCUAUAAUUGGGGCAGAGAGGGAACAGAGCCAACACCCAGACAUGGAUGGCAAGAGGAUGAGGUUCUCACAAUCCCCCGUCUUGGGCCCACUGAACCAGCCCAUCGUGCCAGUACGGGUAAGAAAACAUUACGUUACUGUAUAAAGAGAGGACAGUAGCCUGGUCCCAGAUCUGUUUGAGCUGUAUAGCCAACUCCUAUGUUCGUGGUCAUGCCAAACAAUGACAACAACUACAGCUAAGAACACAAACCUAUGAGUCCAGAUGUUAUGAGUUGUGCAUAAUUGUGUAAGGCCCAAAAACAUUGUAAUUAACUUUGUGCCUUUUUAAAAUAAUCUUCACAGGGCUUUUUUCAUUUGAUGCUGAGGAGUACACAUGGCCACGGGAAGAUGUUUAGGGCUGGGGGGGGGUUCUCCCCGUGCUGCUGAUGGCUAUUUUGGUCCGCUCAUACAGGAGUAAUAAAGGCCCAGUGUAGUACUUUUUUUUUUUUUUUUUUCUGAUUUAUCAGCACCCCUACUUCCUGCAGCCAUGGGAGUAAAUCAAUAUGCCUCACUGCCAAUCGCUAAUCUACUUUUACCCAUAUAUUUGUCAGAACCCCUGUUUAUUUUUAGAUAUGGCAAAAACCAUGACUAUGUUAUUUUCAGAACACAGAGAAGUCCAAGGACUGGUACAAGAACAUGUUCAAACAAAUACACAGAAUUCCAGGUAAGGGGAUCAUAAUGAAAAUCUAACUCACUGUUCUCGUGUGUGUUUGACUUGAUGUUGACCUGCGUGUCAGUUGUUUCUGUCAAGCCGUUGUCUUUGUGAGUCUGUGAGUGUGUUCAUUGCUGUCACGCUGUGUGUGUUUUGUGUCUCUGUCGCCUCGCUCAGAACCUGUUGAGGAAAACCCAUACCGCCCCACCUACAUAUUCCCUGAAUCCUAUGAUCCUAGGCAGAUGAAAACCACAGGUACCCAGUAGCAAUCAUGGCUUCACUUCCUGACUUUACUAAUCAUGUAUAAUCCCUUCUUUAUAAUGCCCUUAUUACUGCAUUGACUCUGCUUUUGUUACUUACCAUUGCCAUGAUAGAAUUGAAAACGGGUCUGUAAAUGGAGCACUUGAUUGCUUAGCAAAACUAAGAGUGAGACUAAUAGAAAACUACACUGCGAAUUCACUUUAACUGUUGUCUGAUAUUUAACAUUAAUGCAAAAAAUAACAAUUUGCAUUAACUAAUCCAUACAAAAUAGAUUGUAAGCUCUGCUCAUGUUUUAAAAUGUAUAUAUUAAUGUACAGAUAUUUCCUGGCAAGUCAAGUUCUUCCUGAACAAAAGAUGCAGUACUGUAGCUAGAUUGGGAACAUUUGAGCCACUAGAUGGUGCUCAAGUGCGUAGAUUACAACAACCAAGCGCGACAGAGAGGCUCUGUAUGUACUGUACAGGCAGUAGUAGACCACACGGCCUGUGUUCCAUCUACAGUAUAUUAUUAGCCUUUUUACACUAGACUAAAUUCAAUCGGGUCUAAUCGGUGUAAAAACGCUCUAUUUGUGUGUGCAUGUGCAUUCAGUUAUUCUGUAUUGACCCACUGAAAUAAUAGUUAUUUAGCUGUUUGUACUAUCUAACAGUUGACAGUUGUUUUUAAAUCAUAAAUGCCAAGCAUGUCUAAUGUAGGCUUACAUCCCCUUGCAUGCAGUUUUGUACAGUAUAUAUGUACUGUGUAUAGAUCUACUUCCUUUCCCUUUGUUUCUGCUCAUGUCUGCUUCCAGGCAAGCUGAUAUGUCUAGUUAUUCACUGAAUCAAUCAAUCAAUUGAGCAAUAAAUCAAAUAGUUGAUCGAAGAAAGUUUGUACGAAAUGUGUAGACUAUUCCGAAAUUUCCAAGAACUGCAUUACUUAUUCAUAAGGAUGUUAAUCGAUUGGAUCUGUUUAUAGAGAAGUAAUGCUUCUUCUGAAGUGUUUUGACUGACACAACCUAUGAAAAGCACUCUAUUUACAGUGUGUUUGAAGAAAUAUAAUGUCUGAACUAAUGGAAUAAAGGACGUACUGUACUGGGCAAUUACAGAAGAGGAAGAGACGCUUACUGUGCCCUUUGAAGAGCUGUACCCGGUUUUAUAGCCUUAUAUUUGAUAUAAGGCUCUGGCUAUACCCUGCGUUACAGCAGAAAUGUAUGAAAUACAUACUGUAUCUAUCAGCAUAAUGUAUUUGAAUUAACAAUGAGUAUUGAUUUUCAGCCAUCAUGAUUAGAUGUUUAUUUAAAAAAAAGCUGGCCUCUCCUGGAAAGCUAUUGUUGUAGACGCAUGGUCUGUAAUCCCCCCCCCCCCCCCCCGAACAUUUUGUUUUAUACAUGUUUUAUUCUUAAUCACACAUCUGUUGUAGAUAUCUUAGAGCAUGUGUUGAGGCAAGGUUAAUCAACUGUACAAAACUGACACGUUAACGCAAGGUUUCCCAAACUCGGUCCCGAGUUGGUUAUUUGAAUCAGCUGUGUAGCGCUAGGGCAAAAAACUAAACGUGCUCCCGGGGGGCAGGACCUAGUUUGGGAAAGCCUGCGUUAAGGUGUCAGUCUUGUACAGUUGAUUAAUGUAGUAAACACAUACUUGACCUUGCCAUUCUACAAGUUCACUGCUUGUAACAUUGCUAUAAUAAGCAGUUCACAGAAUUCUGUCAUUAUAGUGUGGCACUGGUGCUACCAAAGCGACCUCUACUGGUUAUAUUGAGUAUCUUAAAUAUGUAGCACCACUAUAACAAGCUCAUUAACAGAUAAUAGAUUGGGUCACCCUUGAUUAACACUGCAUAGCAUAGACCGUAUACAAGUGGAACUGCCAGUGGAUUGACCUAGUGUUUGUUAUAAUCUUGUAGCAGGCUAGUAAGUACAUGUUUAUAGUCAAUAAAUAAUCAUGUUUUUUCUCUCUCUUUCAGAUGAUGGUCACUCCCCCAACGGUUUUGUGGAAGAUGGUGAGUUUUGGCAAUUGUCAUGCUCAUAGAUUGAGAAAUUAAUAUAAUAUCUAUAUUGUGAUCUCAGUAGCAUGAUCUUUGGAUCUUGUUUAAAUGUACUGUACAAUCACAUUCCCUACUCAGACACUUUACAUUGACAUUUUAGUCAUUUAGCAGACGCUCUUAUCCAGAGUGACUUACAGUUAGUGAGUGCAUAAAUGUUUCAUACUGGCCCCCCGUGGGAAUCGAACCCACAACCCUGGCGUUGCAAGCGCCAUGCUCUACCAACUGAGAUAUAGGAGGGACUUAACACACUGAGAAAAUAUUUCAGAUUAUUUCAGUUUAAGCUAAACAUUACAAGCUGCUUUCAUAGCAGUGUCUGUUGUUCUUGUGUGUUUAUUUUCAGUGAAAGGGGUCCCACGGUCAAAAAGUGCUGCUGAAGUUGACCAUAGGUUGUCUAUACCUGUGCCAACGCGGUCCUCUUCCCUCAAACCUUCCAAA